UCUCCUUUCUCUGCAGAUCAUGACUGUUAGAUAGCAUCCCAUAUCACAAUGACUAUGGCUCCCCGAAAACGGAGUCGUCAUGCUUUGGGGUUUCUUUGCUGCUUUGGGCGGAGUGAUUUGCCUGAAAUCAACCUCAAGGACAAUAACCCUCUGCAGUUCUUGGAAUUCUCAGUGCCAAUCCCACCAGCCGAAGAACUGAAUGCAAGGUUCUCUGAGCUUGUGGAUGAAUUGGAUCUCACAGAUAAGAAUAGAGAGGCGAUGUUUGCACUCCCACCAGAGAAGAAAUGGCAGAUUUAUUGCAGCAAAAAGAAGGAGCAAGAAGAUCCUAACAAGCUUGCUACAAGCUGGCCAGAUUAUUACAUUGAUCGCAUCAAUUCCAUGGCAGCAAUGCAGACCCUGUAUGCUUUUGAUGAAGAAGAAACAGAAAUGAGGAAUAAAAUAGUUGAAGACUUGAAAACAGCUCUGCGAACUCAGCCCAUGAGAUUUGUAGUAAGAUUUAUUGAGCUGGAUGGCCUGAGCUGCUUGCUGAACUUUUUGAAGUCUAUGGACUAUGAAACCUCUGAAAGUCGUAUACACACAUCCGUUAUAGGAUGCAUCAAGGCUCUGAUGAACAACUCCCAAGGACGAGCCCAUGUUCUAGCCCACCCGGAAAGCAUCAAUAUAAUUUCGCAAAGCUUACGGACUGAGAACAUCAAAACCAAGAUUGCUGUGCUGGAGAUCCUUGGGGCUGUUUGCUUAGUACCAGGAGGCCACAAAAAAGUUCUGCAGGCCAUGCUCCAUUACCAGGUCUACGCAGCGGAGAGAACAAGAUUCCAGACUCUACUCAAUGAGCUAGACCGAAGCAUGGGGAGAUAUCGUGAUGAAGUGAACUUCAAAACAGCCAUCAUGUCCUUUAUUAAUGCUGUAUUGAAUGCAGGUAGUGGGGAGGACAACUUGGAAUUCCGACUGCACCUACGAUAUGAGUUUCUAAUGCUGGGUAUUCAGCCUGUUAUUGACAAGCUCAGAGGACAUGAAAAUGCAACAUUGGACAGGCACUUAGAUUUCUUUGAGAUGGUUCGAAAUGAAGAUGACUUGGAACUUGCAAAGAGGUUUGAAAUGGUACAUAUUGACACAAAAAGCGCCUCGCAGAUGUUUGAGCUGAUCAAGAAGAGGUUGAAGCACACAGAUGCUUACCCUUAUUUACUGUCUGUACUCCAGCACUGCUUACAAAUGCCUUAUAAAAGAAAUGGGGGAACCUUUCACCAAUGGCAACUUUUAGACAGGAUACUGCAGCAAAUUGUUCUUCAGGAUGAACGAGGCAAUGAUCCAGAUGUAUCUACUUUGGAAAACUUCAAUGUCAAGAACAUCAUUAAGAUGUUGGUAAAUGAAAAUGAAGUGAAACAAUGGCGAGAUCAAGCAGAGAAAUUCCGGAAAGAACAUGUUGAGUUGAUGAGCAGGCUAGAAAAGAAAGAAAGAGAAUGUGACAUAAAAACCCAAGAGAAAGAUGAAAUGAUGAAGACACUGAAUAAAAUGAAGGACAAGCUGCAAAGAGAAUCCCUGGAGCUUCGCCAAAGUCGGGAUCAAAUGAGUGACCUUGUUGUUCAGCUGAAUGAAUUUUCGCAAGGGAAUAGUACAUUCCCAAUUCCUCCUCAAUUACCACCUGGUGGACCAUUUUCUUUGUCCUCUUCUCUACGAUCAUCAGAGAUUUUGCCGCCGCCGCCACCACCUCUUCCUUUCUCCAGCUGUCCUCCUCCUCCAGCUCCACCACCACCUCCAGGUGGACCUCCACCCCCACCUGGAGCACCUCCAUUCUUCAAUAUCAGUAUGCCUCCAGUUUCUUCCACCACCACGUUUAGCAACAGUGAGAUUAGCCUAAAGAAAAAAGCAAUCCCACAGCCAUCUCAUCCACUGAAAUCCUUCAACUGGGCCAAAUUGACUGAGGAAAAGAUACAUGGUACCAUCUGGCAUGAAAUUGAUGACAUACAAGCUUUCAAGAUGCUGGAUUUGGAAGAUUUUGAAAAAAUGUUUUCAGCCUAUCAAAGACAUCAGAAAGAAAUGGGAUCAACUGAAGACUUAUACCUAUCCAGUCGAAAGGUGAAAGAGCUUUCUGUGAUUGAUGGCCGGAGAGCACAAAAUUGUGUCAUCCUCCUUUCCAAGUUGAAGCUAUCUAAUGAAGAAAUUCGGCAGGCAAUUUUGAAAAUGGACGAAGAAGAAGAUCUGGCGAAAGAUAUGUUGGAACAGCUGCUGAAGUUUGUACCAGAGAAGAGUGAUAUUGACCUGUUGGAAGAACAUAAGCAUGAAAUUGAUCGCAUGGCGAGAGCAGAUCGUUUCCUCUAUGAAAUGAGCAGGAUUGACCACUACCAACAAAGACUUCAGGCAUUAUUCUUUAAGAAGAAGUUUCCAGAGAGGCUUGCUGAAGCUAAGCCAAAAGUGGAAGCUAUUCUCCUGGCUUCCAGAGAGCUCAUCCGCAGCAAGCACCUGAAGCAGCUCUUAGAGGUUGUGUUGGCCUUUGGCAAUUACAUGAACAAGGGACAAAGAGGAAAUGCAUACGGCUUUAAGGUUUCCAGCCUGAAUAAGAUUGCAGACACCAAAUCUAGCAUAGAUAAGAAUAUUACAUUAUUACAUUAUUUGAUCAUGAUCUUUGAAAAGAAUUACCUAAAUGUGCUUGACAUACAGUCUGAACUGCAAAAUCUUCCGGAAGCAGCCAAAGUCAACCUAGUGGAAUUGGAGAAAGAAGUUAAUAAUAUAAAGACUGGGUUGAAAGCUGUUGAAGCUGAGCUAGAUUAUCAGAAGAGGCGUAUGCGAGAACCAGAUGAUAAGUUCGUCCCGGUCAUGAGCGACUUUAUCACAGUAGCCAGUUUUAGUUUUUCUGAGCUGGAAGACCUUCUGAAUGAUGCAAGGGAUAAGUAUGCCAAAGCACUGAAGCAUUUUGGAGAGAGUGAGGGAAGGAUGCAGCCAGAUGAAUUUUUUGGCAUCUUUGACACCUUCCUGCAAUCAUUUACAGAAGCUAAGCAAGAUCUGGAGAAUAUGAGGAAGAAGAAAGAAGAAGAGGAGCGCAGGGCACGCAUGGAAGUCAUGCUUAAAGAACAGAGAGAGAAAGAGCGGCGUCAGAAGAAAGCAAAGGCUGGUAGUAUCUCAGAGGAAGGAGGAGGAGAGUUUGAUGAUCUUGUGUCAGCACUGAGAUCAGGUGAAGUUUUUGACAAAGACUUAUCCAAGCUCAAGCGCAACCGUAAGCGUUCAGGGAACCAAGCUCUGGAGACAAGCCGGGAACGAGCAAUAACAAAGCUCAAUUAUUAAAUAUGGAUGAUGUGCAUAUUACACAAAGUGCAAAACCGUAAAUGAAUGACUGCUGCAACCAAGAGUCAAGACAAGAUGGCGAGACUGUCUAAAUCCUUUCUGCAGGAAGCGCAUCUAGUGCCAAUGGCUUUUUUUUCCAGGACGAACCUAUUCUCCCGUCUUGCUCUUGUCCAUAUUUACACAAUCUGGACUGGUGGUAAAAGUGCCUCUCUAGUGCCCAAAGGAUUUGUGAUUGAUUGAUCGAAUUGCUUCUUGGUUCCACCACAACUUCGCUUUUGGACCCUUUUGAUGGAACAGAAACCUUGGAGACUUUUUGGACCAGUUACUUGGGGUGGGUAGGGGAGGUUCAUGUGCCAAAGUCUACACAUUUAAAAAAAGACACCUCCAAUGCUGAGAAAAUGCAAGACAGUCUCAGGAUGGUUCUGAAUUUUCCUGCCAUUCUUGGUUUGGCCUGCCUUCAAGAGUGAAUUAGUGGUAUUAUAAUGUUGUGAUUCUCUUCUUCCACUGGAUUUCCACAAGGCCAUUGACUUUGAGAAACAUGACACUGGUCUCAAGGACUGGUAUUUACUGGUGCGUGCCAAGCAAGUGAUGUUGCGUCAGAGGAAGUAGCUCUGUUUUUGAGAUGCACAAAAUGUUUGGGAAACUCACUUUCCCCCCCACUAAUCACUUGAGUAUUUGGAAGUGUGCUAAGUCUUUAUACCAAGUUGUGAGAAAAUAGGAGGACCCAGACUCUAAGAAUGAUCAUCAUUAACCUGAACCUGAUCAGUUAUCAUUGCUAAGCAAUGUGGUAGGAAAGGGUUUGGGGUAUAGCAGUAUUUCCAUUUGUAAAACUGCAUUAUUUUCAUAGCACAGUAACACACAUUAUUUGAACUAA